AUGGCGGCCUCCUCUGAAUUCUCGACACCUCUGCCGUUGGCGCCAGCUCCCUCCGCAGGGCCCAAACGAGAUCUUCGCCGAGUUUGGAUCGGCAACAUCGAGAAGCGGGUCACAGAAUGUACUCUGUUGAAGAUUUUCUCGAAACAUGGCAAAGUCGUGGAUUUCGAUUUCCUCAUCAACAAGACAGGUCCUCAGAAAGGACUUCCUCGAGGUUUCGCCUUCAUCACAUAUGAGAAUGAGGAGCAAGCUGAGACGGCGAUUCGAUCCUUGAAUGGAUUGCAACUACAAGGCAGGCGUCUUUCCGUGAGUUUUGCUCAAGAGAUGCCGCAACCGGAACAGAAGGCGAAGAAAGAGGUUACCCCGGUAGCAGCUGUCAAUAAGGACGUCAAUUCACAGAUUCAAGCGAUCGAAGCCAAACUGCGAGCUAUGGAGAGGAAAUCAGAUGCCGACCUGGAUGAGGUUUUGAGCGCCUCGACGAGCUGCUCGGUCAAGGUCCUCAAUUCGGUUCUUCGGCUCAAGUCGGAUGAUCAUAAAAAGCAGUCGAGAACCCAGAAACCCUAUCAACGACCGCGUCGGUAGCUGGAGCUCGCGAAUUAGCCAAUUAGGUAGGCUGCGAGACAAAUAAUCAAAUCUCCUGAAAUGACAGCGAGGAGAGAGGUUGUAUCCUCUUUUGGAGAAGUUUUACGCUCCGAGGAGAUCGACGGGAUGAACAGAUACCGGCGAAGAGCCCGAACUCGAUCUCAUUUUCUAGUCGGCGCCGUAUAUAUACGUAGGUCAACGGAUUGUUCGCAUCAAGCAUGAGAUGCGACUUGUGUACAGAUAUCAUGCGAUGACAUCACGAAGUGCCCCGUGCUUAGGGAGGAUGCCGGAGCCGAUCAUCUGAUGGUGGUUGUGGUUGAUGUGUAAGAAUAAAGGAGGGUGUGAUUACUUGUAGAUAAAA